AUGGCAACAGCGACGCGUACGAGUGUAGCACUUCCCGAGAUCUUUUCAGACGGCGAUAUGGUUCUGUGGCUACGAAAAUUUGAGCUUUGUGCGAAGGCGAACGAUUGGAAAGAUACGGAUAUGUUAAAAAGGCUGCCAACUCUGUUGUCUGGCAAAGCUUUUGCGAUUUUCGAACGUCUUGCGGCGGAGACGAAAGAAGAUUUUAAAGUACUAACGAAAGCGCUAACGGAGGCUUUUGGUGGUGAUGAGAACGGCAAACAUCUCGCGAUGAUAGCAUUUCGCAGCCGAAUGAGAAAGCCAGACGAAGACAUCCAAGUAUUCGCCUACAAUUUAGAAGCGCCAUUAAGACGCGCGAUGCCAAACAUCGAGAAGGGUGACAGAGAAACACUUCUCAAGCAACAAUUUGUCGAAGGAGUGUCUAUAGAACUAAAGAGACAAUUAUUACAACGACCGACCCUCUCGUACGAGGAGACAGUUACGGCGGGGCAACAGCUGGAUUUAGCGGGUCAGAUUUCAUCGAGUCAAUCGGUUAACGAAGUGAAUACGAGCGGUGGCACGAAUCAAACGGUAGUAGAGUCGCCCUUGGUUAUGCAAUUGAUGGAAAGUGUAGAUAUUCUUACGAGGAAG